AUGUCCUCUUCCCAGGCCCCACAGCAACCCCAGAUAUCCACAAUUGUAACAACAUCCUAUCCGACCUGCGCCCUAUCUGGCCAGCCACCAUUCACGGUGACCACAGAGUACGAAUGUACCGCUCCCAAGCCGAUCUGGGCGCUUGUCCGCCUAUGGGUUGAUUACAGCGGCGGUAUUGAAAUUAGAGACCCGCAACGCAAUCAUCGCAGGAUAGGAGGAGGUUCGACUCUGAUUGCUGAUGAUUGGGACGAGGAGGCGUUGGAUCUUGAGGAUACCUCGUUGGUGCGGCUGGAACCCGGUCAGAAGUUCUCAACGCAGUAUACAAUUAGCGUCCUACCGAAGGCCGAUGGGUUGAGAAAUUCAAAUAUUAGACUUAUGGUGCCAGGAAAUACUUAUGAGAUUACAAUCAAAACGCAAAGAUGGAGAUGGAUGUUCGAGGAUGAGAUGGGUAUGGGUAUGACCAUGGAAGAGCGAAAGACCAUCUUGAAAAGCAGAGAGGUCGCGGAAUGGAAAGCAGAUUGUCUGGUGACUUUCACAGCAUCAUAG